AUGGAUAAUUCAAGGAAUGAAUCCGUUAAACGUGCAAUUUCAUCAUCGGAAGAUGAAUCACUAGAAGUCAAACGUUAUUCGAAUCAAGGCGAUACUUUUGAAAAAAUGUAUGAAGUCAAUGAAGAUGAUGACUCCUCUUCGUCUGAUGAUGACAACACUGGUGACAAAAAACUAUCAGAACAUCAUAGAGAAACAUUCGAUUUCAAGAAUCUUGAUUGGUGCGAUGUUCCAACGUUCAUUCAUUCUAUGGACCAGGGACCUAUGAGUCUUUAUGAUCGACAAAAAACUCGUGAAACGAAAGAGCAAAUUCUAAAUAUUAAAAAUCGUUUAGCUCAACAAAAUUGUAUUCUAAGACCACUUUACAAAAACAAUGGAUUUCAUUUGUGUAAAAACAAUGAAUACCAACAAAAAGUAUCUGAUUUUAUGACAAAAACAGGCAUCUAUUCGUUGAUAAACAAACUAGUCGAUCCAUAUACAGAUGCUAGUAAAAAAUGUUUAGUUGAUGUUGUGGAUCAAGUUCAAACAACGUUGGACAAUUUACUGCAUUCUCAACGUUUAACUAAACAACAACAUUCACGAAUGAGUAUUAAUCGAUCAUCAGUACGAUUGAAUUAUCUAUAUUUCACUGUAGAUACACGUAACGUAAGUAAUAUUCUUCAUUUAUUUAUUUUUAUGAUUUAUUUAAUAUUAUUGGUACUACAGGAAGAAUAUCCAAUUCAACCAAUCGUAGUAUGCAACGAUGGGCCGACGAUCGGUAUUGCUCGUUAUGUGGGUCAUCUACUUGGAUUACUUUUUAAUGAGGCAACUCAUUGCAAAUUAUUUUCUAAAUCAAUUGAUGUCAUACAGGCUCUCGAAUAUUAUUCUCAAAGUGGACAUCUACGACCAACAACUUUAUUUGCAUCAUUCAAUAUCGAUGAUCUAUGUACCAGGUUUUCUCAUGAUCAUGCUGUCGUUGCAUUAGAACGAUUCCUACACUCGUAUGCAUUCGAUCAUUUAAUUCAAGGCAUGACUAUUGAUACAAUUGUUCAGCUUGUUCGUCUCGUUCUCGAAAAUCAAUAUUGCGUUUUGGGAAAAAACUUGUAUCGACAAAGAAUAGGUGGUGCUUCUGGCUUACCGUUGACUAUUCCAUUGACUUAUAUCUAUUUAUUUUAUUGGCAACAAGAUUCGAUGAAUGUUUUCAUCAAUAAGAACGAGCUCUUUGGGAGGUAUAAUCGAUUCUUUCUAUCAAAAUAA